AUGUUGAAGUUGUGGAAAUGGUACCAAAAUUGCUUGGCUUUGCAUCCCGUGAAGACACAAAUGAUUAGCUCAGGAGUGAUUUGGGGAUCUGGUGAUAUAGCUGCACAGUCCAUCACUCGCUAUACAGCCAAGAAAUAUCAUCAAAUUAAGGAAGAGGAGAAAGAAUUAAAGAUUGAUUGGAAACGAGUAACAACCACUAGCUUUUUUGGGUUUGCAAUUGUUGGACCUGUUGGCCACUUUUGGUACAAAGGUCUAGACCAAUUUAUAAGGUCACGAAUUGCAUUGCGCCCAAAUUCUUCACGGUUUGUUGGUGCUAAAGUAGCACUGGACGGGAUCAUAUUUGGACCACUGGAUCUUCUUCUAUUUUUCACUUACAUGGGUUUUGCAACUGGAAAGAGUGUUCCUCAAAUCAAGGAAGAUGUGAAGAGGGACUUUCUACCAGCUCUUAUUGUGGAAGGAGGUAUAUGGCCAGUUGUUCAAGUUGCAAAUUUCCGAUUUGUACCGGUGCGGUAUCAACUCUUGUACGUCAAUAUCUUCUGCUUGUUGGAUAGUUGUUUUCUAUCGUGGCUUGAGCAGCAAGAAGAUGCUCCUUGGAAGCAAUGGUUGGUAUCUCAUCUGCCUGGCCAGGAGAAAAAAGAUCAAGGCGGAUGA